CUUAUAAAUUAGAAGAUUCACUCAAUUGGAGCCAUCAGUCGUUGUUCUACCUUCGGGCUGUUGAAUAACACUUUAACUCGCACGCAUACUCAAAAACAUGGAAUUGAAACUCAUCUUUACCUUGACUUUUAUUGGAUUAUCGACGGCUGGAAAGCUUUCGAACAACUACCUACCUCCUCCGCACAGUGCUGCCACGGCCGGAGGAUAUGGCGGUUUCUUGCAGAGUCCUAAUCGACCAUCAAAUCAUUAUAUCCCACCUCAAGCUGCAUCCGCAAAGCAACAGAAUCUCCACUAUCACGGAGUAAGUGGUGGAGCCUUUGCUGGCAAGUCUCCUCACAGGCCUUCGCAGCCACAAUCACAAUCUGGCAGCUAUGGGGCGUCUUCAUCGCCAUCAUCCUUCAGACAGCCUCAGGCUGAACCAAUUGCAAUUUUACGUUCCGAAAACGUCAAUAACGGAGACGGUUCUUACAAUUUCGCUUUCGAAACAGCAAACGGAAUCCGCCGCCAAGAGGAAGGCCACUUAAGAAACCCGAAUUCGGCAAAUCCAGAACAGGUUGUCAAGGGCUCCUACUCUUACACCGGUGACGAUGGCAAACUAUACACAGUCCACUACACCGCCGACGCCGGUGGUUUCCAGGUUCAAGGAGAUCAUCUGCCCACACCUCCACCAGUGCCUUAUGAGAUCAAACAGUCGCUCGCUCUACACCACAAAACAGCACAACUCAAUCAACAACACUCGGCGUCAUCAUCCUCGUCUGGUUAUGCUCCAUCAUCAGGACCUGGAGCUGGAGCUCUCUCCAGUCAAUACCUACCGCCGCAGCAGCAUCAACAAGGAUACUCAUACAACCAACCAGGUGGCAGGAAAUACAAAUGAAACUCUGUGUAGCGAACUAAUAAAAGAAAUUUAAUGAAAUAA